UGCCUAAAUAAUAAUAUUGUCAGACUGACUUAAUGAUUAUGAAUACAUUAUUGAACCAGCGACUCUAAAACAUGAAUGCUCAGUGUUCAAUAACCUGAUAUCUUGUUUACGUACUGCACUAUAUCAUUUGUAUUCUCUACCAAUUUCGCUGUUCAAUCAUGUAGUUUAUAUAUGUGACGUCGUCAGCGAAAAUGAGUCCUGUUGAGGUAAUCACGUUACCGAGAUAAAGCGAGAUUAAAAAAACACAACACGUUUUCUGAACAAUUAUCGUUUUGUCAAUUAACUAAUUUGGCAUUAUUUUGCAAAGUAUUUACAUAAUCGAAGUGUAUAAACAAUAUAAAGGCACAUCACUCUGCUAUCAGUUGAUUAUUGUCGAUAAUAUUCAUGCUGCCUGACCUUAAAUCAUGAUUAAUCGCCCUUGAUCAGAAGGUGUCGCUCUCCGCCAUUUUGAUGGAAACAUGUCGAAAUCCGUACUGAAGAUAUGACGGUUUUGCCGGUUUAUCCACACGGCAUUAGAAUGCUUUUCGGAUUAAUUACACGGAAACAAUUAUUUGGAAGGUUCAGAGUCAUGUUCCUUAGAUGCAACCGUCCACUACAGCUGGGACUUUGCACAGCAGGUUCAUAUUCCACACCAUAGCCAACAGGUUGGACCCCUGUAUUUCAAAACUGCCGGAGGAGAUGUGAGGUAUUUGGAGUUUGCUGUGAAGGAUCUGAGAAACAGGUGUUUUGCCUGGGUGAGGCACAUGCUCAGUUCCACUUUGACAAUUGCCAAGGACAACAAAAAUAAUGCCGUUCUUGGUUAUGCUGUGUGGAGAACAUUGACAGGAGGGCAUAAGACAAUCCAAUACUCACUGAUGCUAGCCGGCCACACCAAAUUUUCAUGCGACUGGCAUUUUGGAGUUUGGAAAAACAGAAUGAGACACCUGGAUGCAGAGACAGUUGAGGAGGUGGCUUCCACAGAAGCCAUGUCAUCCCGUAAUGGCCACAACAUUCCACAUAUUGUUGAUGGCAACAGCAAACAAGUGUCGUUCUAUGACUGGAGCACCUUCUUCAAAGGCAUUUUCAAACCAUUGAAGAACGUUUCGAAAUACCAUUCAUUUGAGGUGUCUUCUAACGAGCCUGGGGUUUUAAGAGUAAGGAAGUUUGUUGAUGCCCCUGGGGAGAAAAUUAACAUACUGAAAAACUGCCAAGUGGAUAUUGGUGUUCUGCCAGAGCAGAUCAUUGUUGAGGGAAUAAGUGCAGAAAGGCAAUGGUACUUGCAUGAUGUAAAAAGAGACUUUUGCAGAUCAGAUAAUGCUAAAAACACAACAUGCCCAUUGCCAUUAGUUGCAAAAGAAGGCUAUUCAAAGGCCAAAAAACAAAAGUUGAAAUAGGCAACUUUAUUGAGAACACUUUCUGUGUGUGUUUCAGCAAAAGUUAUAGUUUGUUUCUUGCUAUAAAUAUAUUGGCAUGUGUAAGUGGAAGUUUUAUGUUUUCAUUUACAUUCAAAGAAUAUAUUUCUUUGUGUUACAUUGAUAAAAUAUUCAUGAUCUUAGGAAUGUAUGGUUUCCUUGGCAACCAAAAGUAACACACUUGAUUCAUCAUUAAAUACUUAUGUAUAAACAUGUAUUUCAAUUAUGGGAAUAUCAUUAAACAGUCGGCCAUCUAUAAGUAAAGUAUGAUGGCAUUUAUAUUUUCCAUGUGUCAAUGCUUUCCUUGUAAAUACGUUUCAUUCUGUGUCAUCUUACAACUCCAAAAGAAUGAAAUGAGCAAAAAAAAAGAAUUAUUCUAGGUAUAAGUCAGUUGCUAUGGCAACCAAGUAUAACAUUCUUAUUGAUUUUAAAAAUAAUUGAUUUCACCAGACAAGUUACAUCUUUUAAAUAAUUGCUUGUUUUAAAAUAAUAUGUUUUUUGUUUUGAUUAAUACAAGGAUAAGCUGCACUACUUUUGAACAAUUAACCUUGUUUUAGAAAAGUGGCAGAUUUUCUUUACAGGGUCUAUGGAAAAUUGCUGUUAACAUUCUAUUUUACUACAUAGCUGGCUGAAAAUUUAAUGCUGUACUAAAAUAUUUCCUGCAAACAUAAUCUAUCAAAUUCAAAUGUGAUUUUAUCUAUUUGAGCUGCUUUUGCGUUUAUUUGGAUAAAUUUCUCGUGAAAAAAUUGUAGUCCUGGCAACCGUUUCUAUGAAAUGUACAUGUAGUGUUAUAUUUUCCAUAAAUGAUGUUAUUGAUGUUAUGAUAAUGUUUCCACAGAAAUAAAAAAUGCUGUAUUCAAUUUUAAUGGAAUACAGACUCUUAAAAUCAAGGACGUUGUAUUUAUUUAUGUUUCCAUUUCCUUCAUUUUUUUCGCCAUUUUAUAACAAAUAGUGGUAUUGCGAAAUUUUU